AUGUAUACGAGAUAUAGAUUGGUUUUUGCAAGGAAAGGGGCACGGGUCGAGGAUGGAGUGCUUCAAGAGUUUGUACAAGAGAUCAUCCGAGGGUUUGGAGGUCUUGAUUUGCUGAGCAGGGUUGAUGUAAAAUGCAAUGGAGGAAUUAUUGGUGUUGAGGCCGACGAAGAGGCCUCCAAUGUUGUGCACGGGUCUCUGUUUUUCUGUGGUGAAUAUAAAUCUGUUAAAUGCAGAUUCGAGCAGGUUGAUUAA